CUUCUAUCAGUCAACAAUUUCUUCCUCUUUUCUCUAAUUUCAGGCUCUUCCGUUAUAAGAUUAGAAGCGCAUACAGAUAAUUAAAUUGAACGUUGAAGCUAAUGUCAGUGACAGUCAGGGUGGCUUUGCGUGUGCGACCAUUGAAUGGUAGAGAGUCAAAAGAACAAGAACGUUGCAUUAUCAAGUUCAGUCAACAGCAACCUCAACAAGUUUUACUCGAACCAGAUCGUUAUUUUACGUUUGACUAUAUCUAUCCACCCGAAAUGGAACAGGCUUGUAUAUACGAUUCAUGCAUACAGCCAUUAUUUGACCAGUUUAUCUUAGGAUAUAAUGCUACUAUAUUAGCUUACGGUCAAACAGGUAGUGGAAAGACAUACAGCAUGGGCACUGCAGGAAAUGUCAGCAAUGAAAGCAAAGGAAUUAUACCACGUUUUUCUGAAAAUCUAUUCAAAUGGAUUGAAAAUCAGCAAAACAGUCAACAACAGGAACAACAACAACAACAACGUGAACAUGUAAAAUUUGAAGUGAAAUGCUCAUUUCUUGAAUUAUAUAAUGAAGAAAUAAUAGACUUGUUGAAAAACAAUAAAAAGUCAAACAUUGUAAUUCGAGAAGACAACAAUGGAAAUAUCACUUGGUCAGGGGUUUACGAGAAUUUCAUUCAAGGUUCUGAGGAAUUACUCGACUGCCUAUCAAAAGGCUCUCACUCUAGGACGACUGCUGCAACAGACAUGAAUUCAAACUCAUCAAGAUCGCAUGCCAUUUUUUCAGUCACCUUGAUGCAGCAUAUUUCAACUACACUAAAUGGCAAUUCAAUUGCCAAAAAAAUAGAGUCGAAAUUCCAUUUUGUAGACCUUGCAGGUUCGGAAAGGCUCAAAAAGACAAAUGCUAUUGGUGAAAGGGCUAAAGAGGGCAUUUCAAUCAACUCUGGACUUUUAGCUCUUGGAAAUGUUAUAUCUGCGCUUGGAGAUGAGACGCCACAACAACAUCUUCAUAUACCUUACAGAAACUCAAAGCUAACGAGACUUUUACAGGACAGUUUGGGCGGCAAUAGUCAAACACUUAUGUUAGCCUGCAUUUCACCCGCAGAAAGUAAUGCCAACGAAACAUUGAGCACUUUGAAAUACGCUAACAGAGCAAAGAAUAUUAAAAACACGGUUACCAUCAAUCAUGAACAGUCUUUGUUGGACACGUUGAAGGAAGAGAAUUCACGUUUAAAGGAAGAAUUAAGAGUGAAUGAUGCCUUCAUGAAGGAAGUCCACUUUGAAUUGGACAAUUUGAGAGCCAAAAAUCAAGAAUUACAGACACUGCUUCAACACCAAAAUGAUAUUACUGCUGCUACUACAAACGAUACAAAAGCUGAUAGCAUCCCACAACAAUUGCAUGUUACUGCGAAUUUAAACUCUUGCCAAGAAACAUGCAAUAGCGACAAUACUACAAUCAUUGAUCAUCUACCCACAAGAUCAAAUACGAGUAUUCUAGACGAACAAAGUCAAAUAACGCCUACUAUAUCAUUGAGCACAAAGAGAAAAAGAAGCAAUAGCCCCUUUACCGAUGAGUUAGGAAAACCGACAUUGCAGCUAAUGUUAGAGAAGCAGAAAGGACGUCUGAGAAAAGAAUAUGUGUUUGCUAAGAAAAUCAAGAGCGACCCAAGUGCUUUGGCAGAUCCCAACCUAUUCUUACGCGUGAUCAAUAUUCUUCAACUGAAUAUCAAAGAAAAGAAACAGCUCAUUACCUUUUUAGAGCAACAUCAAAUAGAAUCUCAACAGAAAGGCAUCCCUCAGAGAGCAGCAACAGCAGUGAUCUCAGCACAAUCUGAUGCGAUAACUGCGGACAUAAACAGCAGCAGUAGCAAGAAAAAGAGACUAUUGAAGAAUGACAAGUCAGCAAAUGUAAAUAUGACGACAAAGCAAAUGGAUUCGACAUUAACUACUACCACUCGUCACGCAGUGAAAUCAGCAACAAAUGAUUUUGAUACGUUGGCUUUACAAAACAAUGCUCUUGCAAAUCAACUGAAGCAAGUAAAUACUGCGAUUAAAAAGGUUUUGGCGAUGUCUAAUAAUCCUGCAACAUCUUUAACGCAAAUACGCUCUAUUCUGAAUAGAGUGUCAAUUGCUGCAGCAUCUGAUACGAAGGCCUGUAACUUAAGAAUAUCAGGAGCAACAACAAUGAAAAAUAUUGCUCCCAAAGUAAGUCAGGACACAGUUGCCAACAGAAAACGAUUAUAUACAGGACCUCUCAAAAAAGUGAACGUCGAGGAGAAACUCGUGGAAAUUCAAAAAAUCGUUGCUUUUGAACACUUGAAAUCACAUCCAAUAUGUGCAGAAAUGAUGAAAUCGUUGAAGAGACAGAAAAUCAAGUUAUUGCAUGAACAGAGAGAUUUGUUAAAGGAGAGAAAAGAAAUGUUGAAAGAAUUCUACAAGGACAAAUUUCAAGAAGAGCAACAAAAGCAGCAAUACAUGGAUGAGAGAAUAGAUAUUAUCACUGUACAGGUCGAUAUGAUUACGGAGCAGUUAAAUCUACUGUCAUCUCCAUCCAAUAGCGCGUGCUUUUCCGCUUUUGACAACAAGAACAAUGUUAAACUCAUUAAUAUACUCAAGCCAUUACGUGAAAGUGAUUUACGUGCGCUCAUAUUAUUGAUAAUACAGCGAGAUAUGGUAACCUUUAACUUGCAAUCAGCUCUGUAUCAGCAUACAUUGCAGACAUUGCAACAAUUUCAACAAGGUUUUAUUCAGCUAAGAAGGACAAGUGACAGUAUGAACAAUCAAAUUUUGAUUGAUAUGCUGAAAUCACCUGUAAGAUGUUUAUCGAAUGGCCUUGUUCUCAUUUCUGGAAAAUAGACUCUCUUAAAACCUUAAUAUUAAGCUAGAUUCAUACUCAUAUUGUCUUUUUUAAAAAUACUGCAUAUACUUUAUUCCUUUGUGAUGACUCUUCACAAGUAAUUUAUAUAAUACUGUCACUACUAUGUACUAUUGUAUUUUCGGUUUUAAUUUACACUUUUCUUGUAUACAAAAUUGGAUAUUUUGAUUGACUUAAUUCAGAAAAUUUAAGUCAUUAUUUUCGGACUACUUACUUUUUACAUUUGGACACUGGUAGUAAACAUCUGAGGCCCGCCUCUUUUUGCA